AUGUUUUUGAGACAAACUGGGCUCGAACUGUUUGGAGCAAAUAACCGCCUCCGCGCCCCUGAAAUUUUGCCCUUCUCCAUUUCUACAGACUUCGAUUUCGUGCCUCAGAAAACCCUUCUUUCCAGACCGACGUGCUACCAACAGUCCAACUGCUACGGGAACAUGACCGGUAGUGAAAACGGCGACAUUUCCCUGACUCCCGAUGACGAGAUCAAGGAGGAGUCCUUGCUUGAUGACGACGAAGUGCUUGACGAGAACGACCACGGAGAUGAUGUCCCCUGCAUUACACAGGAGGAAUUUUUCGAGCGUCAUGGCGGUGACCCGAAAAAGCUCGAUUUGUCCCGUGCCGUUCUCGUUUCCAACCUGCCCAGCGAUUUCAUGGGCGACGACUACGCGGUUUUCAAUGAAGCCCUUCUUGAGAUGCUCUCUUCGGAUUUCAAGGUGUCCCGCGACAAUAUCGAUGCAGUCAUCCGUGUGCCAAAGUUGAAAAAGGAUGCCUCUGAUCAGGAAAAUGCUCUUUGCGCGCUGAUUUCAUUCAAGACGAAGGUGCACAAGCAUCGCAUGAUCGCACAGAAGAAAGUGGCCGAAGAAAAGUCGGCACUCAGCCUAUCAUCGGUGGACGAAAUUCCACAGGACUGGUUCGACGCCGACCUCCUCACGCUGGCUGACGAAGUUGGAGGCGCCGAUGAAGAUGGCGGCGAGAACAAGUCCAAUAAGGAAGACAAGAAAGGCAACAAAGAUAAAGCGAAACCCGACCCGGAGGCUGAGAAGCAACGACUAAAGGAAGAACGUGAGGCCUUCGUCAAACGCUAUGAGGAGGACAACGACGAUGACGUGGCCUAUACCACAAAUUGGGAUGGUGCGCCGGAGUUUCAGUGGAAAAUUUGUGCCGGAAAGAAUGAUCAUCGGAAAGUGAUUUUGGAGAACAUACAUCUCACUGAUUUGCGCGAUCCUUUCCUCUACCGAGCCAUUGCCAAGGCCGAAUCCGUUGAUGUCGAGGUUCCGCAACGUUACAGCUUUGAUGGAACCAAGGCACAUAAAGGAAAAGUGACGAUCACCUUCUCUCGGGAUCAUCUCGUCAUGCCGUCCGCGAUGCGCAGUCUUAUCUAUAUCCGCAGCCCGCACAAGAGGAGGAUAAAAAUCUAUCUCCCACAACACGAGACAACGCUAAAGUCCAAGGAUGAUUUCGAAAAGCGACUUGGACGGGUGAUUGAGGAGACUUUGUCGAUGAGGCAGUUGGUCGUGAAGGUGCUGCCAGAAACAUUCGAGCUCACAUUGGAGAAAGCUAAGGAAUGGUUUUCGGAUUUCAACGUGGAGUCUGCAGAAGCUGUCAAAGAUGGACGAGGACAGAACGUCGCCCUUGUCACUUUCGCGACUACCACUGAUGCUAUGGACGCUCAUCAGAAUCAGCACUUCCUCUCGAUCGACGACACCAAGUGUCAAAUAUUUUUGAUGAGCAUCGAAGUGAACAAGAACUACCUGUCCGUCUUUGACAAGGCAGCCGAGACGGCCGUCUACCAGGCCAAGAUGACAAAGCGCAACGAGGAGGAGCGCAAGGAACGCGAGAAGCGCUCGAUUAAACGGAGGGCUGACGACCAUCCGAAUGACAAGCGCGCUCGCUGGGAGAAUACGACCCGCUCACCUCGUGGAGCUGCCCCUCGCGGAACAAGAGGUACCUUCCGAGGACGUGCUCGCGGCCGUGGUGCCCCGCUUGCCAAUUCCAGACCUGUGGCUAGGGCACCUAUCCCGCGUACCUACGAGACCACUUCAUCAUACACCCGUCGCGAGGACCCUUACAGAAGUACGGAGCGCCAUCGUGAGCCCUACUCACGCAGCGCCUUCGAGCCCACCACCCGUUCAGCCUUCGCAACCUAUGGUGAUAUCGGCGGCUCGAGCUAUUCGACAUACUCCCAGUCGGCCUUUGAUUUCGGACGUUCUACUGCCAGUAACCCAGCCUUCUCGGACAAACGGCGAUACUAC